AUGGGAAAUAAUAAUAAACAGAUAAAACUAGGGACCGGCGGCAAAGGUAAUGAAUCGACGACGAAGACGAUGAUAUACUUUCCUGACGAACUUGUUGAAGAAAUACUGUCACACCUUCCUGUGCAGAUUCUGAUCCGCUUCAAGACUGUAUCCAAAUCAUGGAACAAUAUAAUCUCUUCCCCAAGUUUCGCGAAAUCGCACCUCAACAAUUACGGCAAAAACAACUUCUUUGCUCUCCUCGCCUUCGAUGUAACCACCGAAAAGUGGAAACUAUCGUUGGCCACGUUCGGCACAUCGUCGGAAUCGACAACUGUAGUUGUUGGUGGCCGCCGUGCAGAAGAAAAAUUUAUUGAAUUACCAAUAUUGAAGUUGAAGAAGUAUGAGAUCAGACCUCGCAAAGGCAAAAUCAUAACAGCAAAAGACAGAGUCAUAACCGUAGGGCCGUUUAACGGUUUCAUCUGCAUCCACGGGAUCCAAAGGAUUCAAGAUAUUAUCCUAUACAACUCUUAUAACCGAACAAGCGAGAUUCUCCCGAGCGGCGGUCCAAUUUCCGACGGCGAUGGUAUCAGAUUUGGCAGCAAAAGAAGCAUGGGAUUUGGUCUAGAUUUUAUUACCAAAGAAAUCAAACUAGUGCAACUUUUGUCUUUUUAUUUUUGGGUCGAUAGAGGAUUUGUAAGCGGAAUCCGCGUGGACAUAUACUCCCCGAGCACGAAAACAUGGAGACAACUCGACCGAGACGUCGCCACAACACAAAUUUUGGUAGAGAAUGCAAUUGGGUCGUACAAGGAUGGUUCGUUUGCUCAUUGGCUAGAAUGUAGGCAAACUGAUAUAAUAUCUUUCGACAUGAAGAAAGAGGUCUUUGUGACAACGCCCCUUCCCAUUCGAAUACACAACUCCGGAAAGAAUAUUAAGAUUUUUGUCAAGGAGAGCAGAUCGCUUGUCCUAUUCUUAUAUCCGGAUGUUCAAGUUUCGGAAGAAAACUACUUGUUCGAUAGAUGGGAGUUGACCGGUUUGGGGGAGCAGGGAAAGCACUGGUCCUUGUUGACGCGUAUCGGACCUUUUUUAGGAGUGUGUAAGCCUGUGGGAGCUUUGUGGAGCAGCCAUGUAAUUGUUGUGAGGGUGGGAGAUAAUAAGCUGGUUUUCUACGAUUACUCGACUCAACAAGUUAGAAUAACUUAUCACCUCGAGGACAACAAUUACUAUAAUUUCAUCAAAGUUCUCGACUAUAAGGGGACUCCGUAUUGGUCAUGUAUAACGAGUUGCAGUGAAGAUAGAUGUUCCUUGCCAUAG